AUGUUGGUGGCCUUGCUGGUGACCCUUCUGCUGGCUCGCCUGGUGGCCUGGCUGCUCCGAUUGGCGCUGAAGGAGCUGCGACAUCCGCUACGUGGCGUGGUACCCAGUGUUUCGAGAGUUCCCCUAGUGGGAUCCGCCUGGCAGAUGCGCAGUUUCCAGCCUGACAAUCUCCACGAGAAGUUCGCCGAGUAUGUGCAGCGCUUUGGACGCAGCUUUAUGGGCUCUGUGCUGGGCCACGUGAUUGUGGUCACAGCGGAGCCCCGACACGUGGAUGCUCUGCUGCACAGUCAGCAGCAGCUGAGGAAGGGCACCAUGUACCGGGCCCUUACUGGUUGGCUGGGCAACGGACUGCUCCUGAGCCGCGGCGAGGAGUGGCACACAAUGCGCAAGAUCAUCACGCCCACGUUUCACUUCAGCAUCCUGGAGCAGUUCGUGGAGGUCUUUGACAGGCAGAGCAGCAGGUUGGUGCGGCGUUUGGAACCCCUGUCCGCUGGCGAGGAGGCCGUAAACAUCUAUCCCUACGUGGGUUUGGCUGCUCUGGACAUCAUUACCGAAACGGCCAUGGGGGUGGGUGUGGACGCCCAAGGAGAUGCGGAUUCCGAGGUGGUGAACGCUGUUAAGGAUCUGACGAACAUCCUGGCCACCAGGUUCAUGAGACCGCACCUCCUGUUUCCCCAGCUCUUUCGAUUGUGCUGGCCCAGUGCUUUCAAGAAACAACGAGCAGGCGUCCACUGCCUUCAUCAGUUUACCAAUAGAAUUAUAGAGCAGCGCCGUCUCCGACUGGCCAAGGAGACCCACCAGAACCAAGAUCAGAAGCCAGACAAGCGUCACGCACUGCUGGACACUCUGCUGCAUGCCUCCCUGGAUGGACAACCGCUGACCGACAACCAGAUCCGCGAUGAGGUAAACACCUUCAUCUUUGAGGGCCACGACACCACCACUUCGGCGGUGUCCUUCUGUCUGUAUCUGCUCUCGCGGCAUGAGGCAGUGCAGCAAAGGCUGUUCGAGGAGCUGAAGGAGCACUACGGUCGGGAUUUGAACAGGGCCGUGGUCUCCGCUGAUUUCGCUGCGCUGCCUUAUCUGAAUUGCGUGGUCAAGGAAUCGCUGCGAUUGUAUCCGCCGAUCCCGGCAGUGGCUCGCUGUCUGGAAAAGGAUUUGGCCUUAGAUGGUGGCCACAUUCCAGUGGGCACCAACGUGGUCAUACUCCUCUGGCAGCUUCUACGCGAUGAAUCACUCUUCGCCGAUCCCCUGCUCUUCCAGCCGGAGAGGCAUCUGGGGGAGGAGGCCUCCAGACUGGGACCCUACAGCUACAUACCCUUCUCGGCUGGUCCGAGGAACUGCAUCGGCCAGAAGUUCGCUCUGCUGGAGAUGAAAACCAUGGUGACCAAGCUGAUGCGGCACUACCAGUUGCUGCCUAUGGGUGCGGAUGUGGAGCCGUCCAUCAAAAUUGUGCUACGGUCGAGAAGCGGCGUUAAUUUUGGGCUGCGACCGCGGUUGUACUGAAAUUUUGUGAUUCUAGUAUUAAAUGAAACAUUUAAGUAUCA